AUGUUGCUCAAGCCUGCGACGCCCCUCACCAUCCUUCUAGUGGUCGCCUUUGUGCUACUCCUCCUCUCGUGCCUCUCCACCCCCAUCGUGAAGGGAAUACCUCUGGCGACCUACGAAAAUGUCGACUAUGGCGUGUUCGGAUAUUGUCAAGGCAGUAAAUGCACCAACGUUCAUGUUGGAUAUAGCGUCGAUAGUAUCCAGGGCGAGAGCGAUGACUUCAACCUUCCCUCCAGUACCCGGAAAUCACUGUCAUCUAUCCUGAUUGUGCACCCGGUCGCCGCUUUCCUGACGUUAGUCUGUCUAAUCCUCGCGGUUGCCUCCCACUUCCACGGACCGUCGCAUUCCCCACGCUUCUUGCUCGCCCUCCUCAUCCUUUUUCUGCCGACACUUCUGGUCUCCCUCCUAGCUUUCCUCGUUGAUAUAUUGCUAUUUGUCCCGCAUCUCCAAUGGGGCGGCUGGAUUGUGUUGGCAGCGACUAUCCUGCUCGUGUGCGGCGGGGUUGUGACUUGUGCAAUGCGCCGCACCCUUGUAAGUCGAAAGGCACGAAAGCGCCGGAUCGCUGAGAACGCGGAGAUGAGCGGUGAAAACUAUUAUAAUCGACAGAAUGCUGCUGCUGCACUCGCCCCCGAGCCAGCGCCAGUGCUGAUUGACGCCAAGCCACCCACCAUCGCUUCGGCGCAUGCUGCAACGGAUUCAGGACCAACAGUUGCUUCUUUCCGUACAAACACCCGAGACAGCGAUGACGACAGAACUCCUCUCAACACGCAGGUACCUCUUAACGACCCGUCAGCGAGCGAAGGCCAGUUCCCUAGUCGCCACCCAACACCAUACCAUCCUCAAGAAGAAGCCGGUUUCGGUCCUUAUGGCAAUGGACAAGUAAUGCGCAACACCUCCGACCCUCGUCUGCGCCAACAGUACUCCAACGGUAGUAUGGAGAGUGACGGACGCGGCGCUCCUGCUGGGUAUGCGCCGCGCGGCCGUGGCACGUAUCCUCCACGGGCCGGAUUCCAUCGCGGUGGGCCCUAUAGCGGCGCUCCACGAGGCCCACCUGGCGGGCGCGGAGGCUACAUGGGCGCCCCUCCAAGAGGCGGACGUGGAGGAAUGAUGCCCGGUCGUGGCGCGCACCGCGGUAACUACGGUAACUACGGUAGUUAUGCUGGUUAUAAUCACCAUACCGGUUACCAAAACCGUGGCUACGAUGCAUACAGCCGACCUCAGUAUACGGACGAUCCAUAUGAUUCUCGCGAACCGGCAAGCCCGAUGCGAGAACCAUCUCCAGGCCCAAUUGGAAUGGCUGUAUCUCCAGAGACUGUCGGCCAAGCAAUUGAGAUGACGCCCCAACCGCGGGCAUAUGACGCUCAUCGCUCAAAUAUAACGAUGAGCAAUGAGGCUCAACCACACACGCUAUCCAUAGAAGGCCCGGACAUGUCUCUUGAAAGCCCAACGAGCUUAUACAGUCGCACCGAAUCCUAUGUUCCUGCUCGCGCCGCUUGGGGUAAUACGAAUGACCACCACCGCACUUUGUCGCCUCGCCCGAGCCCAGCACCGGUCCAAGAAGGCAGUGACCAUGGGAGCUACGUCGAAGAUGUGGAUCCUCGCUUCGUGCACCGCCCGUCUCAGGCCGGACAGGGCGUUCCCUCAGCCCUUACACCGGGAGGAGCUCACUUUUGA